CUAGAUUCAAAAACAAUUCAAGGGGAGCUGGGCUGGAUCUCCUACCCAUCGCACGGGUGGGAAGAGAUCAGCGGUGUUGAUGAACAUUACACACCCAUCAGGACUUACCAGGUGUGCAAUGUCAUGGAUCACAGCCAAAAUAAUUGGCUGAGGACCAACUGGGUCCCCAGAAACUCGGCUCAGAAAAUCUACGUGGAGCUCAAGUUCACACUGCGGGACUGCAACAGCAUUCCAUUGGUUUUGGGGACUUGCAAGGAGACCUUUAACCUGUACUACAUGGAAUCUGAUGAUGACCACGGCGUGAAAUUCCGAGAGCAUCAAUUUACAAAGAUUGACACCAUUGCCGCUGAUGAAAGUUUUACUCAGAUGGACCUUGGGGACCGCAUUCUGAAACUCAACACUGAGAUAAGAGAAGUGGGACCGGUCAACAAAAAGGGGUUUUAUUUGGCUUUUCAAGACGUUGGUGCUUGCGUUGCCUUGGUGUCUGUGAGAGUGUACUUCAAAAAGUGCCCGUUUACAGUGAAGAAUCUGGCUAUGUUUCCAGACACAGUGCCUAUGGACUCCCAGUCCUUGGUGGAGGUUAGGGGCUCUUGUGUCAAUAAUUCCAAGGAGGAGGAUCCUCCCAGGAUGUACUGCAGUACCGAGGGAGAAUGGCUUGUCCCCAUUGGCAAGUGCACCUGCAACGCUGGCUACGAAGAACGAGGUUUCAUAUGCCAAGCUUGUCGACCAGGCUUCUACAAGGCUUCAGACGGUACUGCCAAGUGUGCUAAGUGCCCACCACACAGCUCGACACACGAAGAUGGUUCAAUGAACUGCAGGUGUGAGAAUAAUUAUUUCCGGGCAGACAAAGACCCUCCAUCCAUGGCUUGUACCCGACCUCCGUCUGCACCAAGAAAUGUUAUCUCUAACAUAAAUGAGACCUCAGUUAUCCUGGACUGGAGCUGGCCCCUAGACACAGGAGGCCGGAAGGAUAUUACCUUCAACAUCAUAUGUAAAAAAUGCGGUUGGAAUGUGAGGCAGUGCGAGCCAUGCAGCCCCAACGUUCGCUUCCUCCCUCGGCAGCUCGGACUCACCAACACCACUGUGACAGUGACAGACCUCCUGGCACACACUAACUACACCUUCGAGAUCGAUGCCGUUAACGGGGUGUCAGAGCUGGGCUCCCCACCUAGACAGUUUGCUGCAGUCAGCAUCACGACUAAUCAGGCUGCUCCAUCACCUGUCAUGACAAUUAAGAAAGAUCGGACCUCCAGAAAUAGUAUUUCUUUAUCUUGGCAAGAACCUGAGCAUCCAAAUGGAAUUAUCCUGGACUAUGAGGUCAAAUACUAUGAAAAGCAGGAACAAGAGACGAGUUAUACCAUUUUGAGAGCAAGAGGCACAAAUGUUACUAUCAGUAGCCUCAAGCCAGAUACAACUUAUGUGUUUCAAAUUCGAGCUCGGACAGCAGCAGGAUAUGGAACCAAUAGCCGCAAGUUUGAGUUUGAAACUAGUCCGGACUCUUUCUCCAUCUCUGGUGAAAAUAGCCAUGUGGUGAUGAUUGCUAUUUCAGCAGCAGUGGCCAUCAUUGUCCUCACUGUUGUCAUUUAUGUCUUGAUUGGGAGGUUCUGUGGCUAUCAUAAGUCAAAACACAGUUCAGAUGAGAAGCGACUUCACUUUGGUAAUGGGCACUUAAAGCUUCCAGGCCUCAGGACAUAUGUUGACCCUCAUACAUACGAGGAUCCUACACAAGCAGUUCAUGAGUUCGCGAAGGAGUUGGACGCCACCAACAUAUCCAUCGACAAAGUUGUUGGAGCAGGUGAAUUUGGAGAAGUUUGCAGUGGUCGCUUAAAACUUCCUUCAAAAAAAGAGAUCUCAGUGGCCAUCAAGACCCUGAAAGUAGGUUACACAGAGAAGCAGAGGAGAGACUUCCUGGGAGAAGCAAGCAUCAUGGGGCAGUUUGACCACCCCAACAUCAUCCGACUGGAAGGGGUUGUCACUAAAAGUAAGCCUGUGAUGAUUGUUACAGAAUACAUGGAGAAUGGUUCCCUGGAUAGUUUCUUACGUAAACAUGAUGCCCAGUUCACAGUCAUCCAGCUGGUGGGAAUGCUUCGUGGGAUAGCAUCAGGUAUGAAGUACCUUUCAGAUAUGGGCUAUGUCCACCGGGACCUUGCUGCUCGGAACAUCUUGAUCAACAGUAACUUGGUGUGUAAAGUUUCUGACUUUGGACUCUCUCGGGUGCUUGAAGAUGACCCAGAAGCUGCUUAUACAACUAGAGGAGGGAAGAUACCAAUACGGUGGACAUCACCAGAAGCAAUUGCCUACCGCAAGUUCACAUCAGCCAGCGAUGUGUGGAGUUAUGGGAUUGUUCUCUGGGAAGUAAUGUCUUACGGAGAAAGACCAUAUUGGGAGAUGUCCAAUCAGGAUGUAAUUAAAGCAGUGGACGAGGGCUACCGCCUCCCACCUCCCAUGGACUGCCCAGCUGCCUUGUAUCAGCUGAUGCUGGACUGCUGGCAGAAAGACAGGAACAACAGACCCAAGUUUGAGCAGAUCGUCAGCAUUCUGGACAAGCUCAUCCGGAAUCCAGGCAGCCUGAAGAUUAUCACCAGUGCAGCAGCAAGGCCAUCAAACCUUCUUCUGGACCAAAGCAAUGUCGACAUCACUACCUUCCACACAACAGGUGAUUGGCUUAACGGCGUCCGACCAGCACAUUGUAAGGAAAUCUUCACAGGAGUGGAGUACAGUUCCUGCGACACCAUAGCCAAGAUCUCCACCGAUGAUGUGAAAAAGGUUGGUGUUACUGUGGUUGGGCCACAGAAGAAGAUCAUUAGCAGCAUUAAAGCUCUAGAAACACAAUCUAAGAACAGUCCAGUUCCAGUGUAA